UGUCUUUGGCCACAACAUUUAUUUCGUCACUAAUUCUUUCUCAUUAACACAUUCUUUUUGGCCAGCCCAUUUCCUUUUUAGCAGUUUGCAGGUUCAUUUCAAAGAAAGUGACUUUUUCUGGCUAUAAUCUAAAUUUGAUAUGUGCCAAGGUUAAAGUUUUUUUCAAGAAUUUUUCUUCAAUGGGACCAAGUAACAUACCGAUAAUAAUUACUUGUAUCUUGAUACUUACGUAUAUCACCUUUAGCAAUGCUGUUCAAAGUGAUAUCGAUUGUCUUAGAGCCUUUAAAGAUUCAAUUGAAGAUCCAGAAAACGUCUUAUCCACAUGGAAUUUCAAUAACAGCACUGAAGGAUUCAUUUGUAAAUUUACUGGCGUUGACUGUUGGCAUCCUGAUGAGAGCAAGGUUUUAAAUAUUCACCUUGCUGACAUGGGACUUAAGGGCACGUUACCUCUUGGGCUUGAAAACUGUACCUCAAUGACCGGACUAGAUCUUUCUGGUAACCACUUGUUUGGAACUCUCCCGCCGAACAUAUCCAAGGUUUUAAGGUUAUUGACGACUCUUGAUCUUUCCUCAAAUAACUUCUCUGGACAGAUACCUGCAAGUUUUGCAAACUGUACCUAUCUUAAUGUUCUCAAACUCGGUAACAACCAUUUUUCGGGUCAGAUUCCUAUAGAACUAGGUGGUCUAAAUCGUAUUAGGGAGUUUAGUGUUGUAAACAAUCAGUUAGCAGGACAAGUUCCAGUUUUCCAAAAUGGUAGUAUUUCAGCUGCGAGUUAUGCCGGAAAUCCUGGGUUAUGUGGUGGUCCGUUGACCCCUUGUCAGUGGCAAGUCAAGAAAACCCGUAUGGGUGUCAUUGUUGGGGCAGCUAUUGGCGGGGCUGUGCUUGCUGCUUUAAUUGUAGGAGUAGGAAUGACGGUGUUCAUGCGUAAGGUUGUUAGAAAGAGGAAAGAAGAUGAUCCCGAAGGAAAUAAAUGGGCCAAGAGUAUUACAGGAACUAAAACCAUCAAGCUUUCCAUGUUUGAAAAUACUGUUUCAACAAUGCGAUUAAGUGAUCUUAUGAAAGCUACCAACAGUUUUAGCAAAGAGAACAUCAUCGGGUCAGGAAGAACGGGGUGUUUAUAUAAAGCUCUGCUAGAAGAUGGCAGCUUUCUUAUGAUAAAAAGAUUGCAAGAGUCCCAACAUUCCGAGAAAGAGUUUGCAUCUGAAAUGGCUACUCUCGGGAAAGUCAAACACCGGAACUUGGUUCCACUUUUAGGAUUUUGUGUGGCCAAACAGGAACGACUUUUAGUUUACAAGUACAUGUCAAAUGGUACUCUAUAUGACAAAUUGCACUCAAUCCCUGAAGACCCGAACCACCUAGAUUGGCCAUCACGGCUAAAAAUUGGGAUCGGCGCUGCCAAAGGUCUUGCAUGGCUUCAUCAUAACUGCAACCCACGAAUCCUUCAUAGAAACAUAAGCUCAAAGUGCAUAUUAUUAGAUUCAAAUCUUGAGCCCAGAAUAUCUGAUUUUGGGCUCGCAAGGCUCAUGAACCCAGUUGAUACCCAUUUGAGUACUUUUGUAAAUGGUGAGUUUGGUGAUUUGGGAUACGUAGCCCCGGAAUAUGCAAGCACCCUUGUGGCUACACCAAAAGGGGACGUUUAUAGUUUUGGGGUGGUACUUUUAGAACUAGUAACGGGUGAAAAACCAACACAUCUGACUAAAGCCCCCGAGACCUUUAAAGGAAGUUUGGCCGAGUGGGUCAUUCAGUUAUCUGCUGAAUUUAGACUUCAAGAUUCAAUUGCCGAGUCACUGGUAGAAAAGGAACACAUUAGUGAGGUAUUUCAGUUUCUAAAAGUGGCUUGUAGCUGUGUGGUGCCGGCCCAUAAGGAGAGGCCCACAAUGUUUGAAGUGUACCAGUUGCUACGGGCCAUUGGUCAGCAUUAUCAUUUCUCGACUGAGGAUGAGAUCUUGAUUAUGCCAACUGAUAACGGCGAUGCAGGUCAGAUAGAACUCAUAGUUGCUCGUGAUCAACUAGAGAGGUAUUGAAGAAGUACAAUGUAUGUGUAAUUAGUUAUAUUGUUUGUCAUAUGUAAAUAUAUGUUUACUGUUUAUGGUUACAAUUUUGAGUUUACUUUUA